AUGGGAUCGGGUGAGGAAGUUGAGGAAAAGAAAGAUUAUAUGGGAGCAAUUAAGAUCAAAAUUACUGCAGAAGAGGAUUUCUUUUCCAGUUUUCUUAAACUGCCAGAAUGCGUACCAAUUGAUGUCCGAAACAGUAUCUCUGAUACUGCUUAUGUAUCAGAAACUGUGGUGGUUGCUCCUCAAUCAGUCAUUGCAGAUACUCCCCAGGAAGAAAUCCUCACAAGGUUUUCUAAAAAUUCGAAAUCAUCACAUGAGAGACAAAAACAAGAGGAAGAAAUUGCCAAUACUCCUCCCAAUAUCUGCCCAGAGAUAGAUAGAAAUAUAAGAACAGAAAGAUCAGGAAAAGAAAAUUCUUCUGAUAGUUUACUAGGGAUGAAUGUUGCAAGAAAUGAAACGAUUGUAGCAAAGCAAUCAGAGAUUAUAUUAUGGUGUUUAUUCUCUGAAAGGUUCAAAGAUAAAGUUAUGGAGCUUAGGUCUAAUGAUAAAAAACUUGUCAAAUCAAAAACAACCACUAGUUCUAUGAACGAAAUCUCUGAGACAGUGGCUACUACUUCAGUUCAUGACUCAAAUGAUAAUUUUAGUAACACGUCUGAUAUUACAGAUUAUUUUAAGGAAGAAGAAGCGAAUGAUUCGAUUGAGAAGGGUUCUAAAAA